AGCAUCCACGAGGAUGCUUGGAGAGGAUGCGUCUUCCCUGGCGAUGGCGCGAUCGCCAGGGAAGACCGGUGAUGGCACAACCAAUGCAGUGCACAAGGUUUGUCAUCUUGCAUCGUAGCCAUGGAUCCGGCGGCGCCCAAAUCGAAAAUGCUCGUGGCACUGGAAUAUCAGCAGAGGCGCGGGAUUUCUACGAGAAAAUCCGGCUGGCACCGACGAUUCCCGGCUACAUUGCGGCGAUCAAGGCGUGCAGCAGCUCCAGGGAUCUCCUCACGGGCGACAGGAUUCACGGCGACCUCCGCGCCAGCGCGAUGAUCGACGAUCCCUCCUUGGCCAGCAGCUUGGUGGAGAUGUAUGGGCGAUGCGGCAGUGUAGCACGGGCCCGGGAGGUUUUCGACGCGAUCCAGCGUCCCAGCUUGGCUUGCUGGAGCUCCAUGGUCAUGGCUUGUGCUCACAGUGGACAUGGCGAGCUAGCGCUGGAAUUUUUCUCUCGCAUGGAAGACCGUGGCCUCCGCCCGGAUGCUCGCUGCUUCAUCGCUGCUCUUAAAGCUUGUGCCAUUCUAGCGGAGAAAGAGAAGCACGGCACCACCACCACCGCCGCCGCCACCGCCGCCACCGCCAGCUUUGCAAACUAUCCAGCGCGAAGAAUCAAGGACACCGCCAAGACGACCAAGAAGAGUUUGGAGGGAGGCAUGGCUCUCCACUCUCAGCUCCAAAAGCUCGGACUGGAAGAAGACAUCUUCGUGGCGAGCACGCUGGUGGACAUGUACGCCAAGUGUGGAAGCAUGGCGAGCUCGCGAGCGGUGUUCGAGAGGAUGGCUGCCAGGAACACGGUCGCCUGGAACGCGAUCAUCAUGGGAUACGCGCAGGCUGGCGCUGGUUGCGAGGCCCUGGAGCUCUUUGCGAGGAUGCAGCACGAAGGAACCCUCCCAGACUCGAGAACUUUUGUGGCGGCUUUCAAGGCUUGCAUGAGUCUGAUGGGAGGAGCGUCGAGGAUGGCGGGCUUGAGCAGAGCUAUGGCGAUCCACGGCGAGCUCGAGAAGCUGGGACUGGUCGCCUCCAACACGUAUCUCGCGAACAGCGUCAUGGAUAUGUACUCCAAGCUGGGAAGAAUGGCGGACGCUCGCAAAGUCUUCGACGGCAUGAGGAGGCGGAGCUUGGUGUCGUGGAACACUCUCAUCGCCGGCUACGGUCAGAGUGGCGAUGGCGCGGUGGCUCUCGCCAUGUUUUCGAGAAUGCGGGACGAGGGACUCGAGCCGGACGCGCUGACGUUCAUCGCGGUGAUCAAUGCCUGUGCGCUGCUGGCCGCUCGCGAAGAAGGUACGCUCGUUGGUCGCAAAGUUGUAAAGCCGGUGUCACUUGCUAAAGGCGUGAGCAUCCACUCGCAGGCUGGACGGCACGAGCUGGAGAACACCUUCGUCGCAAACUCGCUCGUCGACAUGUACGCCAAGUGUGGGAGCCUGGACAACGCUCGGCGCGUCUUCGAUCGAAUGCCCCGGCACACCAUCGUCUCCUGGAACUCGAUGAUCACGGGGUACGUCCAAGGUGGCGAGCCCGAGACGGCGCUGACGCUGUUGGAGGUGAUGCGCGACCGAGGCUUCGUGCCGGACGCUCGGACGUAUCUCGCGGCCGUGAACGCAGUUGCGAGCCUGGCGGACAGGGAAGAAGCCGAGCUAGUCGAGCAGCGUCCCGUGAAGCUGGCGUGCCUGGAGAGAGGCCUCGAGACGCACUCGCGGCUGGCGAGAGCGGGCUUCCAGUCGGACAAGUUCGUGGCGAGCGCGCUGGUUGACAUGUACUCCAAGUGCGGCAGCAUGGCGGACGCGCAGCGAGUCUUCGACCGGAUGCCGCACAGAGACUCGGUGUGCUGGACGGUGCUCAUCCUCGGCUACGCUUUAAGUGGCGACGAGCAGGCGGCGCUGGGGCUUCUCUCCCGGAUGCACGAGGAAGGAUACACUCCGAACGCUCUCACGUACGCUGCGGCGCUCAACGCUUGCAUGAGCCUGGCUUCCAGAGAAGCACCCGGCCGCUGCCUGGAACUAGCUGCGGCGAUUCACUCCCAGAUCUCCAAGAGCGGCUGCGAGUCGGACGUCCUGGUGGCGAGCACGCUGGUGGGCUUGUACUGCAAGUGUGGGAGCCUGGUGGACGCGCGGAGAGUCUUCGACCGGAUGGAGAGGCACGACGUUGUCUCGUGGACGACGCUGAUGCUCGGAUACGUCCAGGCGGAGCAAGCACCGGCUGCGCUGGAUCUCUUCUCGCGGAUGCAGCAAGUCCAAGGCCUGGUACCCGACGCUCCAACUUACGCCGCCGCGCUCCGGGCCUGCGGGAGCUCCACGGCUCUGGAGACCGGAAGGGCCAUCCACCAGCAGAUCCGUCACGCCGAGAUGGAAGCCGAGGUGGUCGUCGUGAAUUCUCUGCUGGGCUUCUACGGACGGUGCGGCUGCAUGGCGGAAGCUUGCAAAGUUUUCGACUCGGCAGCCAGCGCGGGACGCGACGCCGUGACCUGGAACGCGAUCAUCGCUGGCUACUGCCACCAGGGAGACGUAGCCUCGGCUCUCAGGCUCUUUGAGCGGAUGCUGGAAGAUCACUGGCAGCCGGACGGUGUGACUUUCCUCUCGCUGCUGACGGCGUGCUGCCAUGCCGGGCUGGUGGACAAGGGGAAGGAGUUGUUCCGGCUCAUGGUCUCGGACUACGCCAUCGUGCCCAGCAUCGAGCACUACAGCUGCGCGGUGGAUCUUCUCGGGCGGGCCAACCAGGUGGACGAAGCUCUGGCGGUGGUGACCAGCAUCCCCGUGGCACCCGACUUGAAGCUAUGGAUGACAGUGCUGGACGCUUGCGGGAAGUGGAGCAACUGGGAGGCUGGAAGGGUGGCGUUUGAGUCCAUCCAGCUGCUGCUGGAUCACAGGGAUCACUCGGCUGCGUACGUGCUGAUGUCCCGGACGUAUCUUGCGCUGGAGCUGGAAGCGCGAGAUCUUGACGAAACUUGGAAGAAUGCAUCUGUUAGAGAAUUUGCAUAGAAAAACUAACUUGACUAUGAUGUCACAAAGAUGUCGCCUUUUCUAAUGUUCGCCGUUCCUCGUGUAUUAUUUUACUCCGCUCCAUCC